CUACCUUUCUCUACAUCUCUUUCUAUCUCCUUUACGGCCACCUACAACAGUCAUGUCAGCAACAACCUAUGUUGACACCCCAUUACCUAAAUAUACAGAUCAGGCACGGUCUACUGUCCGCCACUUACCACAGCAUGUUCGAUCAUACUUCUCCGACAUGUUUCCUAUCAUGACAUGGUUGCCUCAAUACAACAUGUUGUGGGCAUGGAGUGAUCUUAUGGGAGGUUUGACUGUAGGAAGUGUGGUAAUUCCUCAGGCUAUGGCUUACGCCAAACUUGUCGGCUUGCCCGCAGAAUACGGUCUUUAUACCAGUUUCGUUGGCGUCGCCCUAUACCCAUUCCUUGGAACUUCCAAAGACAUUAGUAUAGGUACCACUGCCAUCCAAUCACUCUUCCUCGGACAAAUCUUCGCUAGCAUCCAAGAAACACCGCAGUAUCAAUCUGGUCAAUGGACAGACCAAAAGUUUGCCGUCACAAUGGCGUUUUUCGCGGGCAUCAUCACAUUGGCACUCGGAAUACUAAAGCUUGGGAUCCUCUAUAACUUUAUUUGCCAACCCGCCAUCUCUGGCUUCAUGGCCGGAAGCGCAGUGACCAUUGUGAUCAGCCAAAUCGGCAAAAUUAUGGGUAUCCACGUCAACACCAGCCAAGUACCGUAUCUCGUUUUCGGCGACACUUUAAAAGGCCUGCCCGAAACCAAAGUUGAUGCAGUCUUUGGUUUCUUGUCUCUGGUCUGGUUGUACGGUAUCAAGUAUAUUUGCCAAUUCUUCUCCAAGCGCUACCCACAACAUCGCCGCGGUAUCUUUUACUUCAGCAUGAGCCGCAACGUCAUUGUUAUUGUGGUCACGACAUUCCUAUCCUGGGUGAUUAACCAUUUUGGCCAAUACGCGGAGAGUCCUUUUACCAUCCUUGGUCCCGUGCCCGCUGGUUUUCAGCGCAUGGGUGCUCCAGAAUUGGAUACAAGCCUUGUCGCCUAUAUCCUGCCUAAUAUCCCUAGUAUGGUCGUUUUAUUGGUCAUGGAGCAUUGCUCGAUUGCUACUAGCUUGGGAAAGAUCUCUGAUUAUCGAAUUGAUGCCAAUCAAGAAAUCCUAUCCAUUGGUCUGGCCAAUAUCUUUGGCUGUUUCUUCUCCGCCUACCCAGCAACAGGAAGCUUCUGCCGCAGCGCUGUCCAAAACAAAUCUGGCGCCAAAACACCGUUGGUCAAUGUCCUCGUGGCAAUCAUUGUUGUCUUGGCACUCUAUGCACUUACGCCUGCAUUUCAAUACAUCCCCACGUCAAGUCUUGCAGCAGUCAUUGCGCAUGCAGUUACGGACCUUAUUGUCGGACCCACAGUGUGGCGCCGUUUCUGGAACGUGCAUCCAUCCGAGCUUCUUAUCUUUGCGUGUGCUUUCAUCAUUUCACUUUUCGCGCGUCUCGAUGUCAGUAUCUAUGUGGCCGUUGCUCUCUCCAUCGUCAUUCAAUUGUACCGUUCCGCACGACCCCGCUAUGCCAUCCUUGGGCGGAUGGACGAUGACACAGUAGCAGCUACGAAAACGAUGGUUGAUGAAAAGUCAGCAGCACGAAGCGAGCUCGAUACAUUGGCUCAUUGCAACUUUGUGUCAUUAUCACAUCCCAUUCUCGGCCAACAUGCAAAGCCCAUUGCCCCUGGUAUUGUUGCAUUCCAACCACGCGACAAUAUGAUUUUUGAAAACUCAAUGUUCGUAUCCGAAAAGAUCAUGGACGAAGUCAAGCGUGCAACCCGCCGUGGCAAGCCUCUGGCCGAGAAAGUCGGUGACCGACCUUGGAACAAUGCAGGUGGCGCGGAGAAAAGCGACAAGCCAUUGUUGCAUGCAGUCAUUAUGGACUUGACUGGCGUAAACCAGAUGGAUUAUUCAGCCAUCGAAGACCUCAAAGCAGCCGCAAAUCAGGCGGAGCGAUAUUCGGGCAGGCCCGUUUCUUGGUUCUUUGUGCUCAACGACUCUUUGGCUGUUCGCAGAUGCUUACUGUUUGGCGGCUUUGGUACUCAAGAACGCAAACCAGGUCGUCCCUUCCGCUCAGAUCUCAAGAAACGCAAUGGUCAAGAUGAUCCUGCCAACGACAAUAACGAUGGCGACGAUGAUUCUUCUGAUGGUCAGCAGUCAAUCAAUGAUAACAAUAACAACAAGGAUAAUCACCAAGUGACCGAGAUCGAAGAUGUAUCAAGUCGUCCAGUAAAGAACGAGUCCACACUUUCAUACAAUCACAGCGACUCUGCAGCUUUGAACGGCAGCAUGGAUCGUGGUGCCGCAGUCACCCACCUCAACGACGUUUAUCCCUACUUUUUCUUUACCAUGCGCGAUGCCGCUAUUGCAGCUUGCAUUCGUCACGCGGUACCGGAAGAGCAUGUUUCUCCAGCGCCAUCCUUAUCGGUUAGCGUUGUCCCCAAUACCGAUGAGGAGAAGAAGCUCGAGAAACAGUAGAGAGCCUUUUUUGUUUAACUUAUAACUCUUUUCCGUCACUCUCCUAUUAUAUAUGCUUCCUCUUUUCUGUAAAUAUGUUCUUACUUUGUAUUUCUUUUGUUAGCAAGUUGUUGUUCUCUUUUUUUGAAUAUCGUAUAUAUUGUUUUCUUUUUGUUUUGUACUAUUAGCAAAUACCAUAGAUCAACCUGCAUAUAUUAUAUAAAC